CCCGUUGAUUUCCAGAGCUAGCUCCAGCUUCAGCUUUAACAAUGACCCGUACGAAAGGGGUCUUUUCAUGGGAAGAUGUCCUGGCUCAACGGUAUCAGAGCAACAAACCCUCUCCCCUCCCCCGCACGCACCCCCAAAUCCAAUGCCCCCAACCCCAACCCCAAAGCCGGCUAUUAGCACGGCUAUCACCGGAGCUACGACUCAUGAUCUGGGAAUACGUGCUGGGAGGUCAACGCAUACAUAUCAUCCAACGAAGCCGGCAAAGACUGGGGCACGUGGUAUGUCCAGUUCCGCUUGAUGUGGAGGCAUCAACAUCGUCACCAUCAGCUUCAGCAUCAGCGUCACCGUCACCAUCAACCCAUCAUACCAGUCGGAAUACCGAGCUAUACUGCGAGGUCUGUCAUGGCGGUGGUAUACCCCAACCAGCAAAAGAAGCUGAUCUCGCGCGCCGGAAGAAGAGUAUGCUUCUUGGCUUGGCGUUGAGUUGUCGAUUGAUCUACAAAGAAUCAAUCCAGAAACUAUACACCCACCCAACCCUAGAAUUCAGCAAUCCCUGGACAGCAUCCUACAUGCGCCCAACAAUCCCCCCAGAAUCAUGGUCCUCCAUCCGAUCCGUCGAACUGCGCUGGUCGUUCCCGGGCCAUUGGCUCCCGAGUAAAGAUCCCGUAAGGGCGAUCUAUGUUUCAGCUGGACGGGCGCAGUGGAUUGAGACGUGUGCUGCUUUACGGGCGUUAAGUGGGUUGAGGAGGUUCGUGCUUGUUCUUGGGAGGACUUGGUUUGCUGAGGAGUUGGGGGUUUUGGGUGUUUUCUUGGAGCCGCUUUUUGGACUGGGGGUUAGGGAUAGAACGGGGAGGAGAGUCUUGGUGGAGGAGGAGGAUAUAUUUUCUGACGGAUCUGCUAGUUCUUGUAGUUCCGAUGGGGAGGACUGGGGUUGGAGUUUGCGGUCUCCAUCUUCUCGUGGUUCUAUUUCUUCGGUUUCGGAGGGUGAGGUGACUGAUCCUUCUCCUUUUCCCUCCCCCCUUCUUCAUGUUCUUUCUCCUCGUCUUUGGCUGGCUCUGUAGCCAAGAGAAACACCCCCGAUAUAACCCUUAACACAUGCACUGGGGACAUGGGUAAGUGGGAACUCCGGCUGGAAAACCAAAACUACUACGCAAACGAACUAUGCAAGAUCGAAAAAGAUCUACAAGCGAGAGGGAUAAACUGCAGGAUUACAGCGGUGUGAAAAGUGAGCUCGAGUAUGCACAUCAAUGGCGUGAU